UCCAGAACCCGAGACUGCAUGGAAUGGGGACAGCAGACCAUUACAGGGCUUGUUGCGUGCGUGCCAGGCUCCAGACCUGCUGAACUACGUUGGUUGCUGCCUUGAUGAGUGGAGAGUCGCUGACUACAGUCACCUGCGAUUCAGGUGACAGCCUUGCCAACUACAGUGGAGCACAGUAACUGGAUAUUCAUAGAGACAGUGGCAGCUGGUGACCUCCUCGGCACACGAGACUCCCGCCACGCCGCCCCCCACUACUACAUAUCUCUGCCUUCCUUUACUUUCAGCAGCCAUUCUGCUGCACUAGCGAGGAGGGCGCUAAUUAGAAACUAGUGGGCGUGUCUGACGAGUGGCGAAGAGAUGGCAGCAGAAAAUCGAAGUGGCGCAGGUCGGGCUGAGACCGAAGGAGACCAGACGGCCUUGGAAACGCAGGUGGAAGUGAUGCUGAAGCAAAUGGACGAGCAGUUCAAGAAGAUGUCUGAUCAAAUAAUCAUGAGACUGGACGAGAUGGGGAAGAGAGUGGAAGACUUGGAGAAGAACAUCAGAGACCUCAUGGAGCAAGUGGACACCAAAGAAGGCCCCACACCAACUGACCCUCCCACUAGAAAAUAGUCCGACUCUUACUAUAAUUAUACAGCAAAUGGCGAUUUUCCUAAAGUGCCGCGUUCAGAAGUUUAUGGCGUGAAAACCAAGUGAACAAGCCAGCUUACCUCGACCUGAUCCGCUUGGCACAAGAAGUCACAACGAAGGGUAUGUAUCGACUCCCGCAU